AUGAGCCACCAACAUUCGACAUCACCAGCUUCUUCUAAGGUUGAUGAAGAAAUCGAGGACUACGAGAGGACAAAGAAGUCAUCCGAAAAGAAGAAAAAAUAUGAUGGAGCGAAAAGUGUCGGGAUUGGGAAGUUGUUUUCGUUUGCGGACAGCUAUGACUAUCUCUUGAUGUUUGCGGGGUCGUUGGGUGCGUGUGUUCACGGCGUGUCGGUUCCCGUUUUCUUCAUCUUCUUCGGCCACCUCAUAAACUAUUCAUUGGAUUUUGUGUAUCUGAGCCUAGUCAUAAUGGUCUCCUCAUGGGCAGCUUGUUGGAUGCACUCUGGGGAAAGACAAGCCGCAAAGAUGAGAAUGGCAUAUUUGAGGGCAAUGCUAAAUCAAGACAUUAGCAUUUUUGACACUGAGGCUUCUACUGGUGAGGUCAUUUCUGCAAUUACCAGUGACAUUAUUGUGGUGCAGGAUGCAAUUUCUGAAAAGGUAGGAAACUUUCUGCAUUACAUAAGCCGUUUCGUAUCAGGCUUCGCCAUAGGGUUCAUCAGAGUUUGGCAAAUCAGCUUGGUAACGCUCUCUAUUGUGCCAUUGAUUGCUCUUGCUGGCGGCAUUUACGCUUAUGUAGCCACUGACCUUAUUGCCAGAGUCCGAAAAUCUUACAUCAAAGCCGGAGAAAUUGCCGAAGAGGUGAUUGGCAACGUGAGAACCGUGCAAGCAUUUGCAGGAGAAGAGAAGGCAGUCAAAUUAUACACAACAUCGCUAUUGAGUACUUAUAAAUAUGGGAGAAAAGCAGGGCUGGCAAAGGGUUUUGGACUCGGAGCCUUGCAUUGUGUUCUCUUCCUUUCAUGGGCAUUGCUCGUUUGGUUCAACAGCAUUGUUGUUCACAAGAAUAUUGCCAGUGGAGGAGAGUCCUUUACCACGAUGCUCAAUGUUGUUAUUGCUGGCCUGUCACUCGGGCUGUCUGCGCCAGAUGUCACAGCAUUUAUUCGAGCAAAAGCGGCUGCAUACCCCAUUUUUCAGAUGAUUGAAAGGAACACAAUCAGUAAAACUAGUUCGGAAAAUGGAAGGAGACUGAGUAAAGUAGAUGGUCACAUCCAGUUCAAGAACGUGACAUUUAGCUACCCUUCUCGUCCGGAUGUGUUGAUUUUCAACAAGCUCUGUCUCGAUAUUUCUCCCGGAAAAAUUGUUGCGCUUGUCGGAGGAAGUGGUUCGGGCAAGAGCACAGUCAUAUCUCUCAUAGAACGUUUCUAUGAGCCGAUAUCGGGACAUAUACUGUUAGAUGGAACUGAUAUAAGAGAGCUUGAUCUCAAGUGGUUCAGACAGCAGAUAGGUUUGGUGAACCAAGAGCCUGCCCUGUUUGCCACUACCAUCAGGGAUAAUAUUCUUUACGGGAAAAAUGAUGGUACUACUGAGGAAAUCAUGCGGGCAGCAAAACUUUCAGAGGCAAUCAACUUUAUAAGUAACCUUCCGGAUAGAUUCGAAACUCAGGUGGGGGAGAGAGGAAUACAGCUGUCGGGUGGACAGAAACAAAGAAUUGCAAUUUCACGUGCAAUAGUUAAAAAUCCGUCAAUCUUGUUACUGGAUGAGGCUACGAGUGCACUUGAUGCUGAGUCAGAAAAGAGUGUGCAAGAGGCUCUCGACCGUGUAAUGGUGGGGAGAACAACUGUUAUCGUGGCUCAUCGUCUUUCCACUAUUAGAAAUGCAGAUGUGAUAGCUGUUGUGCAAAAUGGGAGCAUAGUAGAAACCGGAAGCCAUGAAGAGCUCAUUUCAAGGCCAAACAGUGCCUAUGCGUCGCUUGUUCAACUCCAAGAAGCCGCUUUCCUUCAUCGGCUGCCAUCUCAUGGUUCUGCGAUGGAUCAAUCACUAAGCAUUAAGGACUCUCAUGAAGGUAGCAUUAGGCAUUCACGUGAAUUAUCCCGCUCGACAAGAAGCUUUGGUGCAAGUUUCCGUUCUGAGAAAUCUAUAAUCAGAUUCGGUGGUGAUGAACCCGAGAUUACGAGACCUGUGCACAUCUCUUCAAAACGACUGUACUCUAUGGUGGGACCUGACUGGCCUUAUGUAGUUGUUGGCACUAUUUGUGCAUUCAUUGUUGGGGCACAGAUGCCACUUUUUGCUCUGGGUGUCACUCAAGCUCUUGUAUCUUACUACAUGGACUGGGACACAACAUGUCGCGAAAUUGGAAAAAUUGCAUUCCUCUUCUGUGGUGGUGCUGUUAUAACUGUGAUUGUUCAUGCUAUUACACAUAUGUGUUUUGGGAUCGUGGGAGAACGGCUUACACUUCGUGUUAGAGAAAAGAUGUUUACGGCUAUGUUGAGGAACGAGAUAGGAUGGUUUGAUGAUGUGAACAAUACGAGUGCUAUGCUUGCAUCACAACUAGAAAGAGAUGCAAAUUUGUUGCGAACUGUGGUGGUUGACCGGUCAACCAUCCUAUUGGAGAACGUGGGUCUAAUUGUCACCUCAUUUAUCAUUACAUUCGUCUUGAACUGGAGGCUCACUCUCGUUGUCAUUGCCACUUAUCCAUUUCUAAUCAGUGGCCAUAUCAGUGAGAAACUUUUCUUGAAAGGUUAUGGCAUUGACUUGAACAAAGCAUAUCUCAAAGCUAACAUGCUUGCUGGUGAGGCUGUGAGUAAUAUCCGAACUGUGGCUGCAUUCUGCUCGGAGGAAAAGGUUCUCGAUUUAUAUGCUCGUGAACUCAUUGAACCGUCUAAUAGCUCAUUCAGGCGAGGCCAGGCCGCUGGAAUAUUUUAUGGAGUCUCUCAAUUUUUCAUCUUCUCAUCCUACGCAUUUGCCAUGGGUGAUGCACUAGGCAUGGCACCCGAUCUUCUAAAGGGUAACCAAAUGGUGGCAUCUGUAUUUGAAGUGCUCGACCGUAAGACCGAGAUAUUAAAUGAUGCCGGUGAAGAAGUUUCGAGAGUAGAAGGGUCUAUCGAACUCAAGGAUGUUGAAUUUAGCUACCCCUCGAGACCAAAUGUGCUGAUUUUCAAAGACUUUAAUGUAAAAGUGCAUGCAGGAAGGAGUAUUGCAUUAGUAGGGCAAAGUGGUUCUGGAAAAAGCUCUGUCAUUUCCCUAAUACUCAGAUUCUACGAUCCUACUUCAGGCAGAGUAAUGAUUGAUGGAAAAGACAUAAAGAGUCUCAAGCUAAAAUCGCUCAGAAAGCACAUAGGUCUCGUGCAACAGGAGCCAGCUCUGUUUGCCACAUCUAUCUACGAAAACAUUCUUUACGGCAAAGAAGGAGCCACAGAAGGCGAAAUAAUCGAAGCAGCUAAGCUUGCAAACGCGCAUAGCUUCAUAAGUGCCCUUCCCGAGGGCUACUCAACAAAAGUCGGAGAACGUGGAGUCCAGCUGUCGGGCGGCCAGAAGCAAAGAGUAGCCAUUGCACGUGCCAUUUUGAAAAACCCUUCAAUCUUGCUUUUGGACGAGGCCACAAGUGCUCUUGAUGUGGAAUCUGAGCGUGUCGUGCAGCAAGCUCUCGACAGGUUGAUGAAGAAUAGGACAACAGUUGUGGUGGCCCACAGGCUAUCGACCAUUAAAAAUGCAGAUCAAAUAUCCGUUUUGCAAGAUGGGAAGAUUAUAGAGCAAGGGACUCAUUCUACUCUUUCGGAGAACAAAAACGGGGUCAAAGAGGAGAAUAGAAAGGGCAAAAGGCUGAGGGAGAAGAGGAAAAAGGAGGCGAGGAUGGAGCGUAGGGGUUAUGUGGCUCGAACAACCUUCACCAAUCAAGAUCUGGAGAAUCGCUGGAGGUCAAACCAUGAAUUCGCACUACUCGAAUUGCUGGAGCGGAGAAGAAGGGAGAAGAAAUCGCUGGAUGGAAGAAGAAAGGAGAAGAAAUCGGUAGGAGAAGAAAUCGCCUCGUUCCUUUUUCUUUUCUCUGUGAUGCGGCGUAAGAAUGGUGAGGGAGGAAAAGAGCCGAUCUAUAUUAGCCACCAAUAUUCUACGGCGGCUUCGAAAGUGGACGAUGAGAAAAACGAGAAAUCAUUGAACGAAGGUAAGAAAAAUAAUGAUGGAACAAAGAAAGUUGGGAUGGGGAAGCUUUUCGCCUUUGCCGAUGGCUACGACUAUUUCUUGAUGUUUGUUGGGUCAAUAGGCGCGUGUGUUCACGGCGCUUCAGUUCCCGUUUUCUUCAUCUUCUUCGGCAAGCUCAUCAACAUUAUAGGCUUGGCCUAUCUUUUCCCUAAGGAAGCUUCUCAUAAAGUUGCAUUGUAUUCGUUGGAUUUUGUGUAUCUGAGCCUAGUCAUAAUGGUCUCCUCAUGGACAGAGGUAGCUUGUUGGAUGCACUCUGGGGAAAGACAAGCCGCAAAGAUGAGAAUGGCAUAUUUGAGGUCAAUGCUAAAUCAAGAUAUUAGCAUUUUUGACACUGAGGCUUCUACUGGUGAGGUCAUUUCUGCAAUUACCAGUGAUAUUAUUGUGGUGCAGGAUGCAAUUUCUGAAAAGGUGGGCAACUUCUUGCAUUACAUAAGCCGCUUCGUAUCAGGUUUCGCCAUAGGGUUUAUCAGAGUUUGGCAAAUCAGCUUGGUCACGCUCUCCAUUGUGCCGUUGAUUGCUCUUGCCGGCGGCAUUUACGCUUAUGUAGCCACAGGCCUUAUCGCCAGGGUCCGAAAAUCAUACGUCAAAGCCGGAGAAAUUGCCGAGGAGGUGAUAGGUAAUGUGAGAACAGUGCAAGCAUUUGCAGGGGAAGAGAAGGCAGUCAAAUUGUACACAACGUCUCUGUUAAACACUUAUAAAUAUGGGAAGAAAGCAGGACUGGCUAAGGGUCUUGGACUCGGAACCUUGCAUUGUGUUCUUUUCCUCUCGUGGUCGUUGCUCGUAUGGUUCACCAGCAUUGUUGUCCAUAAGAAUAUUGCCAAUGGAGGAGAGUCGUUUACCACGAUGCUCAAUGUUGUUAUUGCUGGCUUGUCACUUGGGCAAGCCGCACCAGACAUUACAGCAUUCAUUCGAGCAAAGGCAGCUGCAUACCCCAUUUUUCAGAUGAUCGAAAGGAACACAAUCAGUAAAACCAGUUCAGAAAAGGGCUGGAGACUGAGUAAAGUAGAUGGUCACAUCAAGUUCGAGAAUGUUACAUUCAGCUAUCCAUCCCGACCUGAUGUGCUGAUAUUCAACAAGCUCUGUCUCGAUAUUCCUCCCGGAAAAAUAGUAGCACUUGUUGGAGGAAGUGGUUCAGGGAAAAGUACAGUUAUCUCUCUCAUAGAACGUUUCUAUGAGCCGCUAUCCGGACAUAUUCUGUUAGAUGGAACUGAUAUAAGAGAGCUUGAUCUCAAGUGGUUCAGGCAGCAGAUAGGGUUGGUGAACCAAGAGCCCGCCCUAUUUGCUACCACCAUCAGGGACAAUAUUCUGUAUGGGAAAAAUGAUGCCACCACUGAAGAAAUCACGAGGGCAGCAAAACUUUCAGAGGCAAUCAACUUUAUCAGUAACCUUCCUGAUAGAUUCGAAACUCAGGUUGGGGAGAGAGGAAUACAGUUGUCUGGAGGACAGAAACAAAGGAUUGCAAUAUCGCGUGCGAUAGUUAAAAACCCGUCAAUCUUGUUAUUGGAUGAGGCUACAAGUGCACUUGAUGCUGAGUCGGAAAAGAGUGUGCAAGAGGCUCUCGACCGUGUAAUGGUAGGGAGAACAACUGUUAUCGUGGCCCAUCGUCUUUCCACAAUUAGAAAUGCGGACGUGAUAGCUGUCGUCCAAAAUGGGGCCAUAGUAGAAACCGGAAGCCAUGAAGAGCUCAUGUCAAGGCCAAACAGUGCAUAUGCUUCACUUGUUCAACUCCAAGAAGCUGCUUCUCUGCAUCGUCUGCCAUCUCACGGCCCUGCGAUGGGUCGGCCACUAAGAUUGAUGCUCCGAACUGGCUCUCAUGAAUGGCUUUCUAGUUCCUUUAUUUCCCUCUUCUUUAACAUUAAGUACUCUCGUGAAGGUAGCAUUAGGUAUUCACGUGAAUUAUCCCGCACAACAAGAAGUUUUGGUGCAAGUUUUCGUUCUGAGAAAUCUGUAAGUAGAUUCGGUGGUGAUGGAGCCGAGAUUAUGAGACCAGUGCACAUCUCCUCAAAAAGACUGUACUCUAUGGUGCGACCUGACUGGUUUUAUGGGUUUUUUGGCACAAUUUGUGCGUUCAUUGCUGGAGCACAAAUGCCACUUUUUGCACUUGGUGUCACUCAAGCUCUUGUAUCUUACUACAUGGACUGGGACACAACACGUCGGGAAGUUAGGAAAAUUGCAUUCCUCUUCUGUGGUGGCGCUGUUAUUACUGUCAUUGUCCAUGCUAUUACACACACGUGUUUUGGGAUCAUGGGAGAACGGCUUACUCUUCGUGUUCGAGAAAAGAUGUUUACUGCCAUGUUGAGAAACGAGAUAGGAUGGUUUGAUGAUGUCAACAAUACGAGUGCUAUGCUUGCAUCACAACUAGAAAGUGAUGCAACUUUGUUGCGCACGGUGGUUGUUGAUCGAUCGACCAUACUAUUACAAAAUGUGGGUCUAAUUGUGACCUCGUUUAUCAUUGCAUUCAUCUUGAACUGGAGACUCACUCUCGUUGUCAUUGCCACUUAUCCAUUAAUAAUCAGUGGCCAUAUCAGUGAGAAACUUUUCAUGAAAGGUUAUGGCAUUGACUUGAACAAAGCAUAUCUCAAAGCUAACAUGCUUGCUGGUGAGGCUGUGAGUAACAUCCGAACAGUGGCAGCAUUCUGCUCAGAGGAAAAGGUUCUUGAUUUAUAUGCCCGCGAACUCAUUGAACCAUCUAACAGCUCAUUCAGGCGGGGCCAGGCUGCAGGAAUAUUUUAUGGGGUCUCUCAAUUUUUCAUUUUCUCGUAUGGUUCUACUCUCAUGGCAAGGGAGCUCGCUGGCUUUAAAUCAGUUAUGAAGUCGUUUAUGGUACUGAUAGUGACAGCCUUAGCCAUGGGUGAGACGCUAGCCAUGGCACCUGAUCUCCUAAAGGGUAACCAAAUGGUGGCAUCUGUUUUCGAAGUGCUCGACCGCAAGUCUGAGAUUUUGAAUGAUGUUGGUGAAGAAGUUCCAAGGGUAGAAGGGUCUAUUGAACUCAAGGAUGUUGAGUUUAGCUAUCCCUCGAGACCCAAUGUGCUGAUUUUCAAGGACUUUAAUCUAAAAGUGCAUGCAGGAAGGAGUAUGGCAUUAGUAGGCCAAAGUGGUUCUGGAAAAAGCUCUGUAAUUUCCUUAAUACUCAGAUUCUACGAUCCUACUUCAGGCAAAGUAAUGAUUGAUGGGAAAGACAUAAGGAGGCUCAAACUUAAGUCACUAAGGAAGCACAUAGGUCUCGUUCAACAGGAGCCAGCUCUGUUCGCCACAUCUAUCUACGAAAACAUUCUUUACGGAAAAGAAGGAGCCACAGAAGGCGAAAUAAUCGAAGCAGCUAAGCUUGCAAACGCGCAUAGCUUCAUAAGUGCCCUUCCUGAGGGCUACUCAACAAAAGUCGGAGAACGUGGAGUCCAGCUGUCGGGCGGCCAGAAGCAAAGAGUAGCCAUUGCACGUGCCAUCUUGAAAAACCCUUCGAUCUUGCUUUUGGACGAGGCCACAAGUGCUCUUGAUGUGGAAUCUGAGCGUGUCGUGCAGCAAGCUCUUGACAGGUUGAUGAAGAAUAGGACAACAGUCAUGGUAGCCCACAGGCUAUCGACCAUUAAAAACGCAGAUCAAAUAUCCGUUUUGCAAGAUGGGAAGAUUAUAGAGCAAGGUACUCAUUCUACUCUUAUAGAGAACAAAGAGGGCGCGUAUUAUAAGCUGAUUAAUCUACAGAGGCAACAUCAACACUGACUUUGACGACAACUGUGUGUUUUAUAUAAAUACUGAUUUUUUUUUUUACCCACCUCUUUUUCAACAUAUCUAGCUGACAAUGCAUGCAUCUCAUCAUUUUUUCUUGUUGGGCUUGGAGUAUAUGAUGAUUAGAUUGGAUUCCAGAAAAUGUUGUACUUUUACUGUGGUAAUUAUGGCCUGUUUGCUCCAUGUUUUUAACCGUGGUAUCAACAUACACUAACAUGGGUACUUGUGAGACUGUGUGAUCCCACUGAUAAAAAUUCAUCUGUUGGGGCAACCAAUUUUCCUUCAGAUAUCUGUGUUAUAGUGAGUUUGUAGUAUUAGGAGAAGUUUGCUGAGAAUGUUGAGUCAACUACAUAUCUCUAUUGUAUAUAUAAUGCUUAUGAAAAAAUGUACUUAAACGAAAUUUUUUUACAUAAU